AUGGUGGAGUGUUUGGAAUUUGUGACCAACUUUUUGGAAUCUAUGACAAUGGUGGUAGACUGGUCGUGUCGACGGCAUAUGGUGGUCGACGACAGGGACAGGGUGAAUGUGGUGGAUAGUGGCGGUGGUGGCAAGAAAUAUGAACUACCUGAUAGAUGUAUCAUCUCUCCUGCAUAUGAUAUCAUAAACAUCGUUGGAACUGGUUUCCAUCAAAUUGGUUACUGGUCAAAUUAUUCUGGACUUUCAACUGUGCCUCCUGAGACUCUAUAUUCAAGGCCCCCUAAUCGUUCAAGUGCAAACCAACGACUAUAUGAUGUUAUUUGGCCAGGAAACACAGUAAGAAAUCCUCGUGGAUGGGUUUUUCCAAAUAAUGGGAGGCAAUUGAGAAUUGGUGUACCCAAUCGGUUUAGUUACAAAGAAUUUGUAUCCCAAGUGCCAAACACUAAUAUAUUCAAAGGAUUCUGCAUAGACGUAUUUAUUGCUGCUAUAAACAUUCUGCCAUACGCUGUUCCAUUUCAAUUCAUUCCGUAUGGAGAUGGCCAUGAAAAUCCGAACUACACCGAGAUUGUGAAUUUAAUUACAACAGGAUUCUUUGAUGGGGUUGUUGGUGACAUUGCCAUCGUGACAGAUCGGAAAAGAAAUGUAGAAUUUACACAGCCAUAUGCUGCAUCUGGACUUGUUAUAUUAGUCCCAGUUAGGGAGUUGAAUACAGGUGCUUGGGCUUUCUUAGGACCGUUUUCUCCUGCACUAUGGGGUGUUACUGCUGCUUUAUUUCUUAUUCUUGGAAUAGUUGUAUGGGUUUUGGAGCACCGAAUUAAUGAUGAGUUCCGCGGUCCACCAAAGAAGCAACUGAUAACCGUUCUAUGGUUCAGCCUCUCAACCCUAUUUUUAUCACACAAAGAGAAACCGAUGAGUACUCUUGGGCGUAUAGUGCUGAUAAUAUGGCUUUUUGUUGUCUUAAUAAUUAACUCAAGUUACACUGCUGGUUUGACCUCUAUCUUCACAGUUAAACAGCUCUAUUCUCCUAUCAAAGGAAUCGAAAGGUUAAAAGAUGGUGAUGAUCCUAUUGGAUACCAAGUGGGUUCUUUUGCAGAACAUUAUCUGACCAAUGAAAUUGGUAUUCCUAAAUCCAGGCUUAAAGCCCUUGGAUCCCCAGAAGAGUACGCCACUGCACUUCUAAAGGGUCCGAAAAAAGGUGGUGUUACUGCAGUUGUCGAUGAACGUCCAUAUGUAGAGCUUUUCUUGUCAAGCCAUUGCAAGUUCAGGAUUGUUGGUCAGGCAUUCCCCAAAAGUGGCUGGGGUUUUGCAUUUCCACGGGACUCCCCCUUGACCAUUGACUUAUCAACAGCAAUUUUAACACUAUCAGAAAAUGGAGAUCUCCAGAGACUUCAUGACAAGUGGGCUACGAAAAACUUGUGCACUACAGAUGAUACCAAGAUUGAAUCAAAGCGUCUUCACCUGAGAAGCUUCUGGGGCCUAUUUCUUAUAUGUGGGAUAGUUUGUUUUCUUGCUUUCGUUAUAUACUUGUGGCAGAUUAUUCACAAGUAUCGGGAAUCUGUCGCUGUUGAAUCUGCUUCUAAUGGACAGGUUACCUCACAUUCUAGACGCCUUCAAACUUUAAUAUCAUUAAUUGAUGAGAAGAAGGAUCAAUCUAGAAGGAACCGAAAAAGAAGGAAGCUCGACAGAUGACCAUGUGCUGCUAAGUAAGAAGAAUGAACUGCCCAGAAACUCUGAAAGGAGACUAUCAGAAAAUUCUUCUGAGAACAACAUAAUAAACUAGAGGAAGUGAAAUCUGUUCACUGGUUAAUAUACUUCUAUCUGUAAAAUUCAAUGUAAUGUACUCAUGUUUGUAUCUUAUGUGAUGUUAGUAAUUAUGUGUAAAUAGGGAAAGUAAAUUGUAGAGUGUAGACAGUCUUCAUCAAAAUGUAUAUAUGCAUUUAGAAAUUCGUUUUCUUGAAUGAA